UUUUUUUUUUUUCUUUUUCGACAUUAACACGGCAAAUGAAGAUUACUAUUGCUUCGCGUAAUCCAAAGAGCAACAAGUUCCCUUUAGAGCUUGAAGUUGCUGGUACAGCCGAGAGUAUCAAGACCAGCCAAGUGUCUGAGGCUUUAGCCAAAAAGUUCCCCAAAUAUUAUAUUGAACGUCAACGUUUAACAACCGAAGAUAAGAAAGUGUUGGAUGCUGACAAGACCUUGAAAGAACAAGCCAUUCUCGAUAAUGGUACGAUUUAUUUCAAGGAUCUCGGACCCCAAAUUGGCUGGCGUACUGUCUUUAUGAUUGAGUACGGUGGACCUCUUUUGAUCCAUCCUAUUUUCUAUUAUGCAAGUCAAUUGAUCUAUGGUGAAGCCUAUGAACACUCUGCCAUGCAAACCUGGACUUAUUACAUGGUGAUGCUUCAUUUCAUUAAGCGUGAAUUAGAAACGAUCUUUGUGCAUCGUUUCUCACACGGUACCAUGCCCUUCACCAACGUCUUCAAGAACUCUGCUCAUUAUUGGUUCUUGUCGGGUAUCAAUUUGGCUUUCUGGGUCUAUGGUCCUUGGUUCUCUGAAGGUAAGCAAGCUGCUAUUCGUAACGAUGUCUGGCUCUAUGGAUCUGUUGCUGUCUGGGCUUGGGCCGAACUUUCCAACUUGAUGACACAUAUUACACUUCGUAAUUUGCGUCCUCCUGGAACUCGUGUUCGUGCUAUUCCUUAUGGUUAUGGUUUCGAUCUUGUUUCUUGUCCCAAUUACUUUUUCGAGUUCCUUGCUUGGACCGCUGUUUGUUUCCUCACCACCAGUUGGAGCGCUUUCCUUUUCAACAUUGUGGCCACUGGACAAAUGUACAUUUGGGCUGUCAAGAAGCACAAGAAUUACAAGAAGGAGUUUAAAGAUUACCCUCGUAACAGAACUUCCAUGAUUCCCUUUAUUGCUUAAAAUAAAAACUUUUUUUUAUUAUUAUUAU